GGGAGACCCUGAUUGGACAAACCAGGAGUGCACACCUUGAUAAGGAGACUCACCUGUGGCUGGGAUCACAAAGCUAUAUUGGGCAAACAACACCUCUAAAAAAACACUAGGUUCAAUAAGUUGUCCAAAAAAACCUACAGAAGCGGUGGCGAUAAGACCAAGCCUUACGCUAGGCCUGAGACAGAGUACGCAUCAUGUCAAGAACCGGGGCCAUCCGGAAUAACACAAAACAAAGUCGAUCACACAACCCCUUAUCACUAUGGGCCCCAUGAAGACCCCUUGAUGUUUUUGGAAUAUUUACGCAAUAUUGAACUCCCAGAACAACAACAAGAAAAACCACAACCUUUGGGCAACAUCGGAGACUCGGAAGAAUUCUUCAUCACCGGACCACACAUACCAGCGAGUGAGUGUCUGCCUAGUGAUUUCAGCGAUGUUUUUGAGUACACUCUAUCAGAUUUCAAUAUAAAUGACAUACCCGCCACGCCAGAAUGUCUCAGAUACAACAACAGUGAUUCAGACAUAGGUUUUGAAGAAGGUUGCAUAACAGACUCACAAAUAUCACAGGCAUAUGAUGCAUACUUAAACGCAGCAAACCCCUCUACUUUUGAACAGAGCCAUUAUGCUUCAAAAAAUUAUAUAUUAUCUUUGAUCGAUGCUAAACUUAGUCAGCAUCAACGAGAAAUAGCAGCUAAACUUAACCAAGAUCAAGAAGCACCACGGGGCAACUUGCAAGAAAUAGCACGGGUUCUAACUAGUAUCCAGCAGGCAAUAAACAAUACCUCAGGUUUAUUACGUCUCAUUAAUACCACCAUUCUAAAUAGGUGACUUUUAAAAUCCACAUCAUGGACCCACCCCGUAAAUUAUUCAAACACAAUGAUGGUACUGCCACUCGAACUAAAUGGUUUGAGGCUUUUAACCAGGCGGCUGCACAAUUAGUAAGCAAUUGUCAAGUUUUGCAUGCAACACUUAGUAGUCUCGCUGCAGCACGCAGUGGUGUGUCUAAUGAGCGUCCUUGUCCAACUCAUUCUGAACCUAUUGCUGAUGAUGCUGGUGAUCAUGCAUCCGAAACACAUCCGAUUUGGCCGUUGCCACGGAUGUUGCUGUUGCACGGACUGCUGUUACUCAGGCUACCGAUGAUUGUCUUAUUACUGAGCCUUCUUUCACCCCUGAACGGGUGGGUGCACCUAGCGCACAUGCUUAUCUGGGUGCUAACGCUACUGCAUCUGCUGCUGCUGCUGCUGCUGUUGCUGACGCAUCACCACACAGCCCCUCAAACAAUGGAAAUUCCUUAAGUGUUAACCAUUCACAAACAGGUGCUGCAGCAGUCGGGCCCGUUGUUCAGUCGGGGUCUGGCAGUCACAGUCAGCUUAGCAUCAGAGAGAUACCUAAUUUCAACGCCCGUGAACUGCGCAAGCGCCUUGAUUUUAGGGACAUAAGUCUUGAUGAUCCAGAACAAGUGCCAGAAAGAGUUAGAAGCUGCUUAGCUAACGUGAUAGAUAGAGCAGUGGCAGGAUCUCAGCAGGGUUGUGUUCUAAAUGUGGUCCUGCGGGGGCCCUCGUUGGCUUCUGAUGCUCAAGCUGUUAUAAAUCCUGAUGAUCAGUAUGACCCUGACCUGUUUCUCGACCAAAUAGCACAAGUUAUGCAAAAUAAUGACGAAUCUAUCGGUGAUGAUGAAUUAGAGUUUAUUGUCACGGUUGCACAAAACAGUAGCGGCGGCGGUGUUCGCUUAAAACUGGCUAACAUCCCUCAUGAUGAGAUUCUCUCAAAGAAGGGUAAACAUUUGUACACACCAAACAAUACGCACAACAAUUUGUGCUUCUCCCUUUGCAUAGCACAUUCAUUAAACCCAACAGCCCCCGAGCAUGAAAAACAUGCUACUGCUAAACAGUUACAUGCUCAAGUAGGUCUAUGUGACACACAGGCAGUAUCAUUUUCUGAUGUCGGCAAAUUUGAGAAACACCUAAACAUUAAGAUAGUAAUCUAUUAUCACGCAGCAGGACGUAAACGCCUGCGUACUUUUUUCACACAUGAUGAUCCAAAUCCAAACACUGUAAUGAUGUACCUACACAAUGAACACUAUCACCUGAUUGAAAUUUUUCUCGGGGCAGCCUAUGUGUGUAAUUUUUGUUACAAUACAUAUGAAAGACCACUCUAUCACAGCUGUAAACAUAGAUGCAACGUAUGUUUCACACUCUGUCACCACCACAGAGGUCCCACCGUGAAAUGCGGUGACUGUAACCGCAUCUGCAAAUCACAACACUGUUACCAACAACACAAAUUACCAGAAAUAAAACACAACAUGGUACCGUGCGACAAUAUGAAGCAUUGCAUGAGUUGCAGUGUCACAUAUAAAGAAUCAAAGAAAUCACCACACAGAUGUGUCCAGCCUAAAUGCGAGCACUGCCGCGAGCCUAAAUUAGCCGGGGACUCUGAACAUCAGUGUUUCAUACAGCCUGUUGAACAACAGAACCCUUGUGAUAAAUAUAUUUUAUAUGAUUUUGAGACACGGUAUCACAACGGCAAACAUGAGGCCAACUUUGUGUGUGCGUCUGAUCUGAAGGGCAACAAGUUCACAUUUAAUACAUUAAAAUGUGUGGCGGCGUUUGUGCAGCAUUACAGACGCCCGAGGUUUCGUGGGUACACAUUCAUAGCCCAUAACGCAUCUGGCUUUGAUAACUACAUACUUUUGGAGUACUUUGUCAAGCAGCAUAUAACACCUACCGUCACAAUGAGAGGGAGCCGUGUGAUUUUGAUGCAUGACGCGGACUAUGACCAGCGAUGGAUUGAUUCGUUCAGCUUUUUGCCCAUGGGUGUUGCUAAAAUACCCUCUGCUUUAGGUUUUCAAGACCUCCAGAAGGGCCAUUUCCCACACAGAUUCAACACUAGGGAUAACCAGUAUUAUGUUGGCCCAUACCCAGACCCCUCCUUCUAUGGCUAUGAGCGCAUGUCUGAAAGUGGUAAGGCGAGCUUCAUGGAAUGGUACCAGACCGCUUCACAGAACACCUUUGAUUUUCAGGCUGAACUCAGGCGCUACUGUGUUAACGAUGUUGAUGUCCUGCGUAAAGCAUGCACCAUAUAUCGUGACACUCUGCUGGGUUGUACACAAGUUGAUCCAUUCAUGCACACCACCCUGGCUGCAUUCAGUAUGGGAGUGUAUAAAACACUGUUUCUGCCUAGAGACACGCUUGCUCUCACGUAUGACGGUGCAUACGUUGAACAGAAUAAGACAUUUUCAAAUGUCUCUAUUGAAUGGCUUCAAUAUGUGUCCCACACCACCAACACAGUGAUAAAACACGCUCUCAGAGGAGGUGAACAGCGGGUUGGGCCAUAUUUUGUGGACAGCUUUGACCACACAAGUAACACGGCUUACGAAUUUGCAGGAUGUUUUCACCACGGAUGUGUUAAAUGCUACCCCGAGAGUGAAGUAAAUCCUGUCCUAUGGACUGCUGCAUCGUAUGUUUUGUGACAAAGUGGAUGCACUGAGAUCACAAUACAGUUUGAGCGUUGUUGUGAUGUGGGAGUGCGAAUGGGCUGCCUUGAAGCAGACAGACCCUGCAGUCGUAGCUUUCAUGCACACAUACAGAAAGCCAGAACGCCUGAAUCCCCAAGACGCCCUUUUUGGCAGUUGCACAAAUGCUCUAAAACUGUACCACAAGGUUGCGUGUGAUGAAAAAAUAUUUUACUAUGACUUCACCAGUCUGUAUCCCACAGUGCAAUCUAAAAAAGAUUAUCCUGUAGGACAUCCUCAAAUCAUUUACAGCAACUUUGACAAGCUAGAAAAUUAUUUCGGUUUUGUUAAAUGCACAGUACUGCCACCAAGAGGGCUUUUUCACCCCGUCCUUCCCUACAGGUGCCACGGCAAACUGAUGUUUCCACUCUGCAGCAUGUGCGCUGAAGACCAGAACCAGCACACUGCAUGCGGGCACAGUGACAGUGAACGGGUGUUGAAAGGUACAUGGGUCUCAUUUGAGCUUGAAAAAGCUGUUGAGAAAGGAUACAAGCUUGUUUCUAUUGAUGAGGUGUGGCAUUUCCCCAACAAGACCGACACAUUGUUUAAAGACUAUGUGAAAGCCUUUCCCAAAACUUAAACAGAAGGCCUUGGGGUAUUCUUCACUUCCGGCGCCCCCCGUGUGCGGCAGCCUGUUACAGCAGCUCUGCUCAU